AUGACUUCUCUACACAACCCUCUCAUCUCAGCCCUAACAACCUUCUACACCCUCCUAGUUGACCUCCGCUACAUCCCCGCAUCCACACUGAUCCUCCCAUCACCACAGACACAACGGCAUCCCCGCAACUCGAUUAAUCACCAUGCGGCGGCGCAGAACGGCUUUAGCAAGGCAGCAGUACAGCUAGCAUGCCGGCUUCCGUACGUUACCGACGAAGAUUACCGGCUUAACUACGACACUCGGUCACUGUGUUAUCUCGCUCGCGUGCCUAACGCAAGUGGCGGGAACCAUGAUGACGACGAAGCAGAAGCAGAAGCAGAAGUAGAAGGCGAAGGUGAAGAUGCAUGGGAGUUUGCGCGCGACCCAACCUUCCAGGACCGUAGCGAUCUCUGGACAGAGACAAUCACAGAAUGGAAGCAUUUCGAGGACCCGGAAGCCUGGCAGACACUAUCUGCUAUUCCGAUGACAUCGCCACAGAAUCCGCUCUACGUGUGGAUCCGCGCGUUCCUGACACUGCAGAAUAUUCCAUUUGACGAUGAUAUUUUGAUCCCUCGGAAGCCUGAGGAGCUUGGGUAUCCAGGUAAUAGAGCGGAUGAGGAGGAAAUGCGGGCACGGAAAAAGCGUGUUGAAGAUGCUGAGAGGGAAAGGGGGUUGAAAGAUGUAUACGUUCGGUGCGGAUGGAAGAUUGAUACGGUGAUGUCUGUAUCUGUGCCUGUUUGGGAGGCAUUGGAGGAGGCGCGUCAAAGAGCUGGGGAGGGGUUUCGGGGAGAGGGGUUUGAGCAAUGCAAAGAGGAGUGGAAGGAGGGUUUAUAG